AUGGGCAUGGGGAUGGGUAGUGAAGUUUGGGAUGAUGAUGAUUAUUCCUCAACUGUAGUGGCGCAGCCUCCUGUGGAUAUAGGUAGAAGUUUUGGUCGUGGUAGAGGAUUCUUACCAGCCACAUCAUCCUUUGAUGAUUCAGAAAACAAUAAUUUUGGCUGCAAUAAUUAUACCAAAAAUGAUAAUGAGUAUGAGGACCGCAGUUCAGGUCGUGGAGGGCGUGGUGGAAGAGGAGGGCGUGGGGGUGGUGGUAGAGGAGGAUCAAAUUUCAAUGGCAGUGGUGGUGGUAAUAGAUCCAAACAAUUUAGAGAUGAUGAUGACGAUGAUAAUGAAGAUGAUAGUGGAAGAGGUGGCAGAAGAAAUGAAGGAUUUCGUAAUGAUGAUAGGCCUAGAGGUCGGCGGCAAGAUAAUGACUUUGAUAGUGACAAACCUAGAGGUCGCAAAGGAGAUGGUGAUGAGCGACCCAGGGGUCGGAAACCUGAAGGAGGAGGAGAUGGAGAUGAAAAGCCUAAACCUGAACUCUAUAUUCCUCCUGAGCCAACAGAUGAUGAAAAUGUAAUGUUUACUGCUGGAAUAAGUUCAGGAAUAAACUUCGAUAAAUAUGAUCACAUUCAAGUCAAGGUGUCAGGUGAAAAUGUACCUCGUGCUAUUGAUAGAUUUGAAAACUCUGGUUUGCGGCAAUUUGUUUUGGACAAUAUAAAAAAAUCGGGAUAUGCGAAACCUACACCUAUUCAGAAACAUGCCAUUCCUAUCAUAAUGAGUGGUAGAGAUUUAAUGGGCUGUGCCCAGACAGGUUCAGGAAAGACUGCUGCAUUUUUAUUACCAAUUAUUAAUGUGUUAUUAAGUGAUCCAAGAGAUUUAAUUCUCACUGCUGAACAUUGUGAGCCUCAUGCUAUUAUUGUUUCACCUACAAGGGAACUUACACUCCAGAUAUACAGUGAAGCUCGUAAAUUUGCUCAUGGUUCAAUUAUAAAGGCUGUGGUGACAUAUGGAGGAACAGCAGCAUACCACCAGGCUCAGCAAGUAAUGAAAGGUUGCCACAUCCUUGUUGCUACUCCAGGACGCCUAUUAGAUUUUGUCAACAGAGGUCGUAUUAGCUUUGCUUCCGUCAGAUUUGUUGUUUUGGAUGAAGCAGAUCGGAUGCUAGACAUGGGUUUUAUGCCUGAUAUUGAAAAAAUGAUGAAUCAUCCAACAAUGGUGCCAACAGGUGAACGCCAAACUCUCAUGUUUUCUGCAACCUUUCCAGAAGAAAUUCAGAGGCUUGCUGGGAAAUUUUUAUCAGAUUACCUCUUUGUUGCUGUUGGUAUUGUGGGUGGUGCUUGUACAGAUGUUGAUCAAAAAUUUUACCAAGUCACAAGAUUUGAGAAACGUCCUAAACUUGUAGAGCUACUGAAAGAAGAAGGUGGAGACAAAACACUGGUAUUUGUUGAGAUGAAACGGACUGCAGAUUUCAUUGCAGCUUAUUUGUCUGAACAAAAUUUUCCCACAACAAGUAUACAUGGUGACAGAAUGCAAAGAGAGAGGGAAGAAGCAUUAGCAGACUUCAAAUCUGGUCAAAUGGCAAUUCUUGUUGCUACAGCUGUUGCAGCCCGUGGCUUGGACAUAAAAAAUGUGGCUCAUGUAGUUAACUAUGAUCUUCCAAAGAGUAUUGAUGAAUAUGUGCAUCGCAUUGGUAGAACAGGCCGUGUUGGAAAUAGAGGCAAAGCUACUAGUUUCUAUGAUCCUGAAGCUGAUGCUCCUAUAGCAAGGGACCUAGCUGAACAGCCAGUACCAGAGUGGCUAGAGCAAGAAUCUGGUGGAAGUGGUGGGGGUGGCUUUGCAAGAGGUGGCAGGAGUGGUUUUGGUGGAAAGGAUGUCCGCAAGUUUGGCCAGGAGAGCAGUGGUGCUAGCGGCGGUGCCGGUGAUUAUGGACAGCCUCAAUGUAUGGAAGAGGACGAGGUUUGGUGAACUCAAAAGGAAGUUUCGAACUGAACCAUUCCAUUCUUUGGCUGUGUCAGGGAUGACGUAUGUGUGAUAACUAAGUAAUAGUUCGCUACGAUUGAAUAAAAUAUUAAGUUUUGUUCACUUGUAUGUUAAUUGUCUGUUACUUAGGAAUGUGUUUGUUGAAGUUUCUGUCAUCUUUUAAGAGUUUUUGUUUUCAAUUAAUAUUUACUUCCCUGAUUUGGAGACUUAGAAAUUAAAUUUGGUAGUUACCAGGCUACUUGCUGUGCUUAAGUACGGUUAUCAUGUGACUAAACGGUACAAAUCUCAUAAGAUUGAGAGGAUGAAUGCUGUACUUAAAGGAUUUCAACUCAAAAGGUGACAUAAAAAAAAUUUUAGAUUUAAAAAAUUUUUGUAAAAUUUAAUAAAAAUAUUUUCAAGAAAAAUACCAGUGUUAUUUUGUGAAGCUAUUGACAAUCAUUUCCUCAAUGGUGUUUAUGAUAAAAGUUCAUACAUUAUAUUUCAAGAACUAGAAUUUUUUGGUAUAUAUAAUUUUGAUGUUCUAUUUCAUCAGAAACUGGGAUAAUCCAUUAAGCAUUGACAGAAUUUUCUUUGCUUCAGAUGUUUAGUAUUCAUGCUGUAAAAAGAUGGGAAUAGCCUCUUUUGUACGUACUCUAUACAUUUAGACUAAUAUUUAUCAGAAUUCUUAGUAUUCUGCACUUCAAACUGCUUGUAAUUGAAUGUUUUGCGAGAUAAAUUAAAAGGAAGCUGGGAGUGGAAAACAAACUGCUUGAAAGGAGUUGAUUUCUGCAUGGAUUAUUUGAGAGAAGUAUGAUAGUGUUUAACUGGAAUGAACAGGUGGCAAUUAGGACACUAGUGCUUUUAUCAUGCUGUCUUCUAUAUAUUUCACCAAAUUUUGUUUCCACUGAGGACAGGUGAUUUCUAGAAAAAAUUUUAGAUUUGUUUACAUGCAUGGAGGCAGAGAUAAUUAUGUGAUUGAGACAUCCAUGUAAGAUGGAAGACAAUGUAGUUGCACAUGUGGGUGGCAAUAUUCUAGCGAUUAGAUGAUUACUGUUGCAAGUUUUGGAUUUGCCUACUGAGAAAAGUAAUGCAAUACAAUUAUUGUAUUGGAAAGUAAUAAGAUGUUUUGUGUGAACUGAAAGAUACAUUAGCCACUGUUUUUACAAAUAAUCAUUUCUUUAUUGCUUCCAUAACAUUUUGUGUAAUUGGCUGACAUCACAUUCACUUUUCAUUUUCUUUACAAUAAAGUAUUACAAACUAUGAAUUGUUUAUCAUUGUUAUGCAUUGUCAUCUUUGUAUAUAAAAAUGGAUGUCAGACUGAGGACAAAUUUAUUGGGGAGAGGGGUUUCUAAAUUAAAGCAAAUUCGGUUACAAGAAAUGUGGAACUUUAAAACUCCCUAGACAUUGCUGCCAGACAGAUGGGGGCUUAAAUGAAAGGUUAUGAUUUUAAGGAUAAAUGUACUGAUAUGUUCAAUUUAUCGCCACCAUGAAGCGGCACCAAAACAAGCCAAAAUUACUUUUAUAAUAACUUCUGAACAAGUCUUGCUUGCUGAUCCGGUGGUCGAGAUAUUGCUAAGGCAGUAGUGCUGUAGCGAUCUCGGACAAAAGGAUUGCGAGUUCGAGUCCUGCCUUGGGCAUGUUUGUAUUGUGUUCGUCCUUUC